AUGUCAGCAUCGCCAGCGAGCCAAGUGUGCAAGGCACCAGGGGGAAGUGGGCAUUGUCCAGUCCUUGGAGAUUUCGAAAAGCCCUCGUUAUUGAGAAAGAAUCGAUCGAAACCCCCCGUCCUGGACCCUGAUUCAGCCCCUGGCCCGUCGGUCAUCCCUGCGGCGAGCAUCCCGUUGCCGUUGCCGGGGCUUUCAACGCCCAAAACCUCUCAGUCCUACCCUCUGGCCCCUGGCAGUCACGCACGACGCAAGACCCCGAAGGACCCCGAUCGGUCACCCGGGUCGGCCAUGCCACUAAGACACCACCCCACACGACGGAUCACCCCCUACGACAGAUCACCUAAUUUGGACGAUUUUUUCCCUCCUUUAAUACCACUACUACUAUAA